GUCUCAACAUGAAGACACCUGCAUAGAUAUUCUUGUCCAAGAAAAACAACUUAUUAAGGUACCAUCCUAUCUUAUUUCUUGCUUUACCACCAUUAUUUCGAUUGGCCAUUCUCUGGGUCCCAUUACUCAUCUGCCAGAGUACUUACCUUUUAUUCUAUGAAUUUAUGCUUAAAACACUCAUAAUCAGCUUGGGGGAAAGUCACCAAAGCUAUGAUUAUAUGGAAAAUUAAUUUGCUUAAGUGCUUGGGUGAAUGGUACAAAAACAAAUGGCUAGCGGGAAGCAGUACAAAUACUUUGGCGGAUUGUGAUGAUUUUGACCAUGAAUGCAACUUUGUGUUGGGUUGUCAACCCUGAAUUUCUUACUAACUCCUAAAGGAAUCAUGUAAAGGCGUUCUCAUUUGAGGAAAGAACAGAAGCAGAAAGAUGAAAGUUGGGAAUCCUAAGCUUGAUAAGACAACACUAAAGAUGACAUAAGCAUUGUCCCAUGGAAAAACCAAAGCAUCUCAGGGUGGGGUCUAUGAAUUGAAAUGUGAUGAAAUUAAAAAAUUAAAAAAAAAAGACUAACAUCAAACCUCAUAGUCUCCAUUUGUUUCUCCUCUCCCAGUUUGAUCCAACUCUUCAAACUAUACCAAAUUUCACAAAGACCUUUGUGUUCUUUCGACUUCUUUUGUCGCCCUACCUGAUUCUGAAUUACGGAGAAAUGAUUUUCCAAAGAGAAGAAGCGGCUGAAACUGAAAGUAUAUCUACCAAACAACAAAGUGAGCUAAGAAUUAAUGAUGAAAGCAAUGACGCAAUUGAAGAGGAGAACCCAGCAGAGUGGUUGAACCUGACCCUCGGGGGGAAUUCACUUUCAACAGCUGGAGACUCUGACCCCCACUCAAGGCCAGUUUCUACUAAGGUUUUCUCUUGUAACUUUUGCAUGAGGAAGUUUUACAGUUCACAAGCCUUGGGUGGCCACCAGAACGCCCACAAGCGGGAGAGAGGUGCAGCCAGAAGAUACCACUCCCAGAGGAUGAUGUCAAUGAUGGGUUUGCCAAUGAGUACACAAAUGGUUAGAUCACUUGGCGUCCGACCACAUUCCCUUGUGCACAAAUCAAGCAGAGAUGGAGCUGCAAGUGUAGCAAGAUUUAAUGAUACUUGCACUGGUUUUGGAAUGACAGGAAUGCACUUUACAGUUGAUGAUGCGAUGGUUUUCAUGUGGCCAGGCAGCUUCCGCUUGGAUCCUCAACUACCCAAACCACCAUCAGACCCAUCCAAACUUGACUUGAAUCUUCGACUCUAGCUUAUCCAGCUAUUCUCCUGUCUAAGUUUGGAAGUCUCUUUUAUCUCUUAUCUUGGAACAGUUCUUGAUUUGUUCAUCCAUGAAUUACAGAUACUCAGGUUGGAGCCUGACGCCUAGUAACUAGAAGAAACGCCAAGAAUAUCCUUUCAAUGUGCAUUGGUAUUUAGUUAUUAGUAUGUCUAUUCCUUUUUCUGCUUCCAGCUUCUUCAAAAUGCAAGAAUCAAGAUCACCCCAAGAGAUUGUGGGGUGUUUUUUUUUUUUUUUUUGGUAUCAAUUGGAUCUCUUGACAAUAACCAUAGAAUUGAAAUAUCCCUUUAAUUUUAGUCCUUUCUAGUUUCUUCAUGCCUAAAUAAAUCCAGAUGUGUCAUGCUGAAAUCUAAUUUAAGUUUUGAAGAAUUCCAUCAAUUUGUAAGUCGAAAACAGUGAAAAUUGUUUGUUCCACCCUCGAGAAGUUGGCUGUAAUGAAUCUCCGAUAAUAUCUUAUGUCAAGAGAUAAAGAAGGUAUUCCACGCAUCAAAAGAGAGACUUGGUUAUACGCUAUACGAAAGUUAUGGUUUGUAGACCACGGCCAGCUGACCAGGGUCAGAGUUAUAAUUCCAAUGAAGCAACGUUCAAGAGCUGUACAAACACACGACUAAAUUUAUCUGCAAAAGCGUGGUGGGGAAACAGUACCAAGAAAGGAAAACAUAAACCAAUCUCUUCCUUCCAUUUUCCAUCAUAAUUUUCCCCUUCCUAUACUAAUCCCAUUGGUCUAAAUUGUCCUUGAACAAAAAUCUUAUCCAGAAUCUAUAAACCAAAAAAGAAAAGAAAUGGGAGUGCAUUAAAAUUGACCCACCCUAUUUGAUUGUAAGUCACCAAAAAAAGUACAGGACAAGAUAAAGGCUAGUUGACAGUAGUUAGCCAAAGAACCAUUGUUGUGAAUUGUUAGCAGCAACUGGGCCGUUUCACCCAUUAAUUCUUUGUAUCUCGUAAAUCAUGUCUUCUACCGGAGUCCUAAACCUUAGCGCCCCUUUUCUUCUUUUACUAGACGGCCGGCUGCACUUGGUUUGAGAUCUUGCCAGUAUGCCAGGCAUAUUUGUUGGACUUGGAGUCUUCCCAUUUGCAAGUCUAUAGCCAUUUGGCAGGUCUAAAGUUUAGGAUUUGGCAAUUUUACUGGUACGGAUUGGUUGCAGUGGCAGUGGAAGAUUACCUCAGCACAUAAAAGCUUAAUUUCACAAUUGCGAAUUAGUCUUUUUGCAUGUGUCUUCAGCUAGGCUUUAGUCAAAGCCACUUGAAUCCCAGUUCCUCACAGCAAUUAAUCCAUCUAGUAAGUAUUUCAAAGACAUUUCCAAGAGCUUUAAAUUUCAAUACUACAAGUUGCGCUAUGUUUAGCAGCUCACUUGAAGCAAUGAUCUUCUGCACUAAUCUUCCAAUCAGAUCACCAUUUCCAAAAGUUCCUUUGCUUAAUUUAUCUUCAA